GGCGGCAUUAUGGCGGUCGGGAGAGACCGCCCCCACACACACAUUGUUCAAGAUACUGGAAAAAAUGGUUGACUAUCAAAACAUGGACCCUCCCAGUAACAUCCAAAGUGCUUCAAGUAGCAUUCAGGAUACUUCCAGUAACGUUCAGGGUCCCAACAGUAACGUUAAAGGCCCUCCCAGCAACACCCACGACCCUCCUAGCAACACCCAGGACCCUCCCAGCAACACCCAGGACCCUCCCAGCGACACCCAGGACCCUCCCAGCAGUAUCCAGGACCCCAGCAGCACCCAGGACCCUCCCAGCGAGACGAAGUCGCCUGAAGUUUGGGAGACGCGAAGCGAGAAAUCGAAUAGUUCGGAUGGGUCGGACCUGAGACCGCUUACAGACAUAAGAGAACGUCUAAGGAAGACACUCACCUCCACACCCUUCCAGGUGACGGUGGUGGUGCUGGUGGUGGUGGACGCGAUACUGGUGGUGGGACAGCUGCUGCUGGACCUCGGGGAGCACACCAAGGACUCUCCGGUUCCACUGGUCCUCCACGCCCUCUCCCUCGCUCUCCUCGUCCUCUUUUUCCUCGAGUUGCUACUCAAGAUCUUCACAUUCAGGAUGGAGUUGCUCUCCCACAAGGCAGAGGUGUUUGACGGGUUGGUGGUGAGUGUGGCACUGUGCCUUGAUGCAGUCUACCUUCACUCCCAUGAUGCCCACUCUGGCUUGGGACUCAUCAUCAUCCUCAGACUUUGGCGAGUCGUCAGGAUACAGAACGCUAUGUUUGUGCAGGCCCGGCGGGUGUGCGAGAAGCGGGUGCAAAUGGAACGGCAGCAUCGAUUGGCAGUGGAAGAGGAGCUGCAGAAGAAGGAGUGCCAGGUCGCCUACCUCCAACAACUGCUUGCUACCAACCAUAUAGAGUACAAAAAUGAAUAUAUUGAAUAGUUAUGUUACUUCCCCGAAUUUUCCUUCAGAGAAUUCCACCUACUAACAUGUUUGCGAGUUAGUACUUCUUUGGAAGGAAGAACCACCUAACAUUAAUAUAAAAUGCAUACAAAAUGAUGCAUACAAAAGUCUGAAAUUCUCAGCAUUAGUGACUUUGCAAGAAUGUACCACUUGAUUACCAAAGUGUGUAAUAGAAUAACUUAUUGUAUCUACCAGUACAGUACUUUUAAAUAACUAAAUGUACGUUACCACAAAAUAACAUCUUUAGAAAAUUAUUAGAGCAGCAGGAAAUUAGAUAAAAUCUACACUGAUGGCUAUGUUAAUUAAGUCAACUAAUGGCAAAGCAGGUGCAGUAUACACUGUAAAUGUGAGUAAUGCAUUUUAGGGCAAAAAAGAAGGAUAUUUAGGGGUUGAGAACCAUGAUUACUGUCAUUGUUAUAGUAUCAAGCUUCUGACACGAGUGCUGCAUUACAAAAUUGUAGAAAAAGGCAGACAGCAGGGACUGUUGACAAAAUAUAGAGAAUCGUGUAAAUGUUAAUCAGAUAAGUGUAAUCAAGUUCCUGUUGGUUUUCCAUAUUCGAUUUUUGUGUAAAUGAACAAGUUAAUUUGUUGGGUGCCAAAUGUGCUGAAAGAGACCAUGUAUUAAACGUUUCAUUCCCAAGACUUACAAAUUAGUUAUAAUCAAGUAACUGAAGGAAGAAAGAAUAGUUAUAUUAGCAAAUCUGUAUGCUGGUACAAUACAGGAACAUUCCUGGACAGAACUACCUGUACUGACCAUCUUGAAAAUCAGAACAGUCUACAAGAAGUCUAACGGUUUGAGGAACAAUGCAGUUCUGAGUAUGGCACAGGUCUUGUUCUAUUAAGUGACCACAAAUUAGUGUAACCAAUAGGUAACUGACCCCCAAGAUGUUUCCCACUUCUUUUAGAAAGCCAGGGAUAUUUCUAAUUUCCUCUCUGGUGACAGGAGGAAGACCAAGGUGUCGAGUCAUCUGAUGGUACAUGCAAUAUGUUUUUCCAAAUAGCUAACAAUCUAUCCCUCUAACAUUUCCAAAUUGUGGGAGAGGAUUGUCAGGAAGGACAGCACAUACAGCUUUGGGCCUGGUCACCAGAACCCAAAGAGUGAGAAUGACGUCUCCAUAAAGCGAGGGGCAAAACAGGUAACCAUGGGAUACCUUCUAUUAAAGAAGCAAGCAUAAAGCAAUACAGUAUGGAGUACCCCAUUCUUAGCACAGCUUCCCUUUUUAAUAGGGUGAGAGACUAAAACACAAAUUUGCUCACUGGUGCAAAAAUGCUCUUACCCCAUGCACCUAGGCCCAGAAACUCAUUUCAUCUACACAGACAACCCCUUCAGGUGGGCAGACCAACGACCAAAAUGGGAAGCCUACGAUAGACAUUCUUAGCUGCCUACCACACCACCAGGCAACAACACUAGAAAACACCUUCAACUGCCUGGAAGUGAGUGCAAAUGCUCCUUUGCCUACAAAAGAUGCAGCUAAAUUAAUCCCACUCCCAAAACUCCCUUUCCUAAAAAUAAAAAAUCUAGGAAGAUUUGUUCAAUCAAAAAGUAAGCAAUGAAAUCUAAAGAAAAAAGCUAUCCCCCCACGACUAAGCAACAUCGAUUGGCUACUUAUCAACGUGUUGUCAUUAUUUUAAAAUUGCUCAAAAUCUUGAGUAAAUUGCACAUCGGGAAAUAAUACCACUUCUGACUAUCAUACAGUUUAUAUUUGAAUGCAUAUUAAAUAACAAUACAAUGUUAAAAUUAUAUAUUAAUUGAAAAAAUACUAAAUAUAAACAAAAAUAAAAAUAAAAAACUUGCAAAAUUUUAUGCUCAAAAAAUAUUAUAAUUAAUUUUUGACAAACUUCAGUCAGUCUGUUUUUGAGGGGAAAAUUUGUAUGCCACAUCCACCUACAGUUUACUACACGUGCCAUUGCACAGCUAAAACAUGAUACAUCUAUAGUAGCCACAUUCUUGCACUAAUAACCAAGAAUGUGCCAUGAAACAAUGCUUCAUUCUCCAUGAGGUUAAGACAUCAGCUUCUGUAAGCCAGUCAUUGUAUGCAACAAAAAUACAAUUACAGUAUAGAUAUAACACACCCAUGCAAGGAAACAUGAAAAUUAAGAAAUAAAACAAAACUUAUACUGUAUAAUAACAAUUGUCUUCAACUUUCACCUCUUUCCUGUCCUUUCAUGUUGAAAUGGCAGAUGCCCUGGAGAAUUUAUGUCAUACUGGAAAGAGAGAAAACAACACUGGAUUAGAAUCUUUUAUAAAAAAUAUCUAUACUAUACCUAUGCAGGCAAUGAGUCACAAUAACAUGGCUAAAGUAUGUUGACCAGACCACACACUAGAAGGUGAAGGGACGACGAUGUUUCAGUCCGUCCUGGACCAUUCUCAAGUCGAUGGAAACGUUGGACGAAACGUUGUCAUCCCUUCACCUUUUAGUGUGGUCUGGUCAAUAUACUAUACCUACUAACUACCAAAAAUUCCACCAUGGAAAAUAUCAAUGUAUACUUUGUAUAUACUUUGUGUAUACUAAUACAGAAAGUAUUCGACAGAGCCUAAACUCGUAAUAUAAAUACUCAUAUAUAAUAUAAUCUCUUCAAUUAUUUACACUUUUUAUUUAUUUUAAUAAACAUUCAGAAUCUA